AGGGACAAACUCGACUUGGAAGCAGCAUGUCUUGUGCCGGUAGAAUUUUAAUUUACGGUGGCAAAGGUGCUUUAGGCUCCACAUGCGUUAGCACAUUCAAGGCUCAAAACUAUUGGGUUGGUUCCAUUGAUUUGAUGCCGAAUGAACAAGCUGAUGCCAAUGUUGUUGUAAAACCAAGUGAAUCAUGGUUAAGCCAGGAAGAAGAGGUCCUUAAAGGGGUAGAAAGUAUAAUCGGGGGUGAGAAACUGGAUGCAGUUCUGUGUGUGGCGGGGGGAUGGGCAGGAGGAAAUGCAGCCUCCAAAGAUUUUAUUAAGAAUGCUGAUAUGAUGUGGAAACAGAGCGUCUGGACCAGUUCCAUUGCAGCAGCCCUGGCAGCUAAACACCUUAAAGAAGGAGGGAUUAUCACACUUCCUGGGGCAGCUCCCUGUGUUAAAGGCACCUCAGGCAUGAUGGGAUAUGGGAUGGCUAAAGCUGCAGUCCACCAGUUAGUGAAGAGCCUGGCCUCCAAAGGCAGUGGCCUACCCGUGGAUUGCUCAGCACUUGCCAUGUUGCCAGUCACUCUUGACACUCCAAUGAACAGGAAGUUUAUGUCCGAGGCUGAUUUUUCAACAUGGACACCAUUAGCAUUUGUAGCAGAGUUGUUUAUGAAAUGGACCUCUGACAGGUCUUCCCGUCCAGAGAAUGGUAGUCUAGUCAAACUGGUCACCAAAGAAGGAAACACAGAACUCCAACAGGUGUGCAUGGGUGUUUUAUUGUUUCUGCAACUAAGAAAAUAUAGCAGAUUCACAAGGUUUCUUAGACGACUAAUACAAACACCAGUGAAGUACAGAGAGAAUAAGGCUGUAUAUUUGAUUGACUCAUCAAAGUCCUGGGAGGAAUUCUAUAGCAAAUUACAGGAACAAAGUACAAAAGUGCUUGGAAUAGACUGUGAGUGGGUUACGCAGGGAAGACACACCCUUCCUGUGUCUCUGUUACAAGUGGCGACCUCUAAAGGAGACUGUGGACUGAUACGUCUGUCACAGAUGUCCGAAAUUCCAGACUCACUGCGCAGAAUAAUGCAGGAUCGAAGCAUCUUGAAAGUAGGUGUGGCUUGCAUUGAUGAUGGAAACAAACUUCAUAAAGACUAUGGAAUUGAAGUUCAAGGUUGUGUUGACCUGCGUUAUGUUUUGGGACGUGUGAGAGGAAUUUACCAUGUUAAAACUGUUGGACUAAAGGGUAUGGCUGGGGCAGUAUUAGACAUUGAGCUUGACAAACAUGAUGGUGUUCGCAGAAGUAACUGGGAAGCUCCAGUAUACACAGAUGCUCAGAUAGAAUAUGCAGCAAAGGAUGCCUUGGUGGGUGUAGACAUAUUUAUUCACCUUGUUAUGGCAAAAAUUGAGGGAAGAAAAGUGAAUAUAUCGGAAGAGACACUGCUGAAAAAUGACAUUGAUCCCAAAUUCUGGCCCACUGCAAGGUCAAUGUGUCAGGGGAUUGUAGACCUCCCUUACAAACGGAAGGGAGGUGCUAUGCAAAUGGCUGACAAAACCAGCAGCAAUUCAAUACCAGCAUCCAUUCAGAGAUUGACACAUGCAUUAGAGGAACAACUAGCAAACAAGAAUGAAGAUGACUUUAAAGGAGUUCCAGUGGAACUAUCCCAAACAAAAGAGAGUCGAGCCUAUGUAGUGCGAAAGCGCCCUCUAUACUAUAACUGCCUCCUGUUGGCUCCAGAUGGAGAACAAUUGUGUACCUGUGACGUCAGAAAGGCUGAAUGGUACAUAGAGAAAGGACUGGCAGAAAAAGUUGGUGAUGACCCCUUGACAGUGAAGUUGAACUUUGAACCUCAAGGUCGUCCUGAAAGUGGGGAUGACUAUUAUCUCCAAGAAAAAGAGAAUAUUUGUGUUGUUUGUGGCAUAGAGGAGAAGCUCAUCAAGAAACAAGUUGUUCCAAAAGAAUAUAGAAGGUUUUUCCCAACAUCUUUGAAGGACCACUCCUCACACGAUGUGCUCCUUCUGUGUGUAUCUUGUCAUCAGAGAAGCACUCAGUUUGACACAGUCCUGCGAUUCCAGCUAGCUGAGGAGAGCGGAUGCCCUAUUGACAUGGGGUCAUCAGUCAAAGUUCAUGCAGACAAGGAUCUUCAGAAGGUUCGAUCAGCAGCAAGGGCCUUAUUGUCAAAAAAGGACAGGGACAAAAUUCCAGUGGAGAGGAAGGUAGCACUGAGAACAAUAGUAAAGGAUUUCUAUGGAGUCAGUGAUCUCUCUGAUGAACUUUUAGAGGAGGCAUCUGAUAUGGACUACAGGACAAUCAACGAUGAGUAUUUUCCUCAUGGCAAAGCUGUUCUUCGACAUGUCAGAAGAAACGGGGGUAUCUAUAAUUUUGAAAGACGAUGGAGACAACAUUUUGUAGACACCAUGAAACCCAACUAUCUGCCUCCUAAGUGGUCAGUUGACCACAGACAUGAAAGGAGUCAUCUUUAUUCAUAAUAAAAACAGAGUGUAUGAGGCAUACUACAUCAUCAGACUGAUAGGUACACAUGUACUAAGUACAUGUAUCCUCAUAUAAGUUGUCCUAUUUUCCUACAGAAAAAAAUUAAGCACAGUGAUGGUAAAAAAAACAAAAGUUGAAGCAUAUGUUCAGUCAUAAUUCAAAUCUACUCUGCAUGUUCAUCUGCAUAUACAUUAGCUACAGAACUGUAGAUUCUACUCUGCGUGUUCAUCUGCAUAUACAUUAGCUACAGAACUGUAGACUAAAAUAUAAAACCAUAACGCUACAGUUCUGCAGCUACAUAUACAUAUGUAAUGGCAAUAUUUAAAGGGGCUGGAGCUGUGAUAUUAUGAAAAUAAAUAUUGAUUAAUGUAUUA